CUGAAAAUUCACAAAAAAAAAAAAAAAAGAAGCACGCUUCUCUCUCUCUCUCUCUCUCUGAUUCUUCAAUGGCGAUUGUGAUACCGGACAACCUGACCAGAGAGCAGUGCGUGUACAUGGCGAAGCUCGCCGAGCAAGCCGAGCGCUACGAGGAGAUGGUGCAAUUCAUGGAGAAGCUUGUCACGUCUUCAACUCCUGGCUCCGAGCUUACCGUGGAGGAAAGGAAUCUGCUAUCCGUGGCUUAUAAGAACGUCAUAGGCUCCCUUCGUGCCGCUUGGAGGAUCGUUUCCUCGAUCGAGCAGAAGGAGGAGAGCCGCAAGAAUGAGGAGCACGUGGCGCUCGUAGAGGCCUAUAGGUCGAAGGUUGAGACUGAGUUAUCGGCUGUUUGCUCUGGGAUUUUAAGGAUUCUGGAAUCCAAUUUGAUUCCUUCGGCAGUAGCCUUUGAAUCGAAGGUGUUUUACUUUAAGAUGAAAGGAGAUUAUCAUAGGUACUUAGCAGAGUUUAAAGUUGGGGAUGAGAGGAAAGCUGCUGCUGAGGAUACAAUGCUCGCUUACAAGGCUGCUCAGGAUAUUGCUCUUGCUGAUCUGGCACCAACACACCCUAUAAGGUUGGGGUUGGCACUCAACUUCUCAGUGUUUUACUAUGAGAUUCUCAAUUCAUCGGAGAAAGCUUGUAGCAUGGCGAAACAGGCCUUUGAGGAAGCCAUUGCUGAGCUGGACACAUUGGGUGAGGAGUCCUACAAAGACAGUACUCUCAUCAUGCAACUACUGAGAGAUAACCUUACUCUCUGGACUUCAGAUAUGCAGGAGCAGAUAGAUGAGGCAUGAUGGAUGGGAUUGUUUUGGCUCUUCCAAGGGGGUGGGCUAGAAUUCACGACUGUAACUAAGUACGACAAAGCUGUGUAAAAUAUGAUCUGGUUUUAGCUUCCUGACUUUUUUUUCCAAAUAUUUUAUGUAGUUACAACUUUAUGGUUGGAAACAACUUUAAGAAAUGAAUUUCAAUUCCCAGUUGAGUGAUUGACCAGUGCA